UUCCUGUUCAGCCUGUCAAGCCCUUUUAACCUGGCCCCUCGAAUCCUAUCAAUCCAACAUGGAAACGCAUCCGGAAAAACAGAUCCACUGCUUGGUCCAAGUUUUGGAGAGAGGGAACUUGAGCUCUUUGGAGAUAGUAAUGGCCAAAUCACGGGAUACAGCAGUUUGGGGGCUUCUUUUGAUCUGAGGAAUGUUUCAUUGUCUUCUUAUGAGACUCGUUAUUACUUAGCGGGCUCUCAGCAUUUUUAUCCAAACCAAGUGGAAGUUUUUUAUUACCAUGGUGAGUUAGUGCUGAAAAGGUAUGGUAAAAUAAGUUUUGUCGCUGAGGAAACUUGAGGAACACUCUGAGACCCCGUAGAAUAAAAGUUCCGAAAAAAAUUAACCGAUUUAAACCUUUAAAUUUGUUGGCUUUUAUCUAAUAGCCAUUGAAGAUGGAUAAAGCAAAAUAUAAAUGAGCUCGACUUUCUUUAUGGAUAGUCAAUAAUCAGGUAAAAACUCAUGGGAUUUUAUGCGAGUUAGGCUGACUUGAGGCUAAGAUAAGUCGCGGCAAUAUCAAACUUUCCGCUUUAUUUGGUUCUAUCUAACCAAUUCGUUCAUAAAUCAAAUGAUACUCGAAAACUAUUGCUGAUGGCUCGUGACAUGUGCUACGCAACUGCUGCUUACGAAAGUAUAUAUUUCGUGAGGCGACUCGAGAAAAGCUUGAACAAAACAUGAAGCGACCCAUGGAGAUUUGAAGCGAUUUGAGAUAAGCUAAUGCAUUACGUGUCCCUCUACUUUUAGUUCCUUCUACGCCAUUAGGUCUAGAAAAUCAAACAUUACCCUACAACCACCUGGGGUGUUCAACCGGCCCUAAUGAAUGGUUGGAAGUGUUCUUAGGAAAACAAUACACUUUGACGCACGUGGCUCUGCAAUUGAUUGGCGGAGGCGUGGACGUAUCGGAAUUGAAAAUCCAGUAUGAAAAGACUGAAAAUGGAACCAAAUGGACAAAUUUUAGCAAGAAGAUUGACGGAAAAGAAAUUCCUAAGGUU